AUGAGCAGCAACUCCCCCACCAGCGCGGCGCCCAAGAGGAUCCGGCGUCGCUUUCGCUCUGUCAAGAGUGCAGGAGAAGACGGUGGGUUGUGUAGUACUACUACUACUGCUACUAGUUAUACCGGUACUUGUUCAGGUGCUGCUGGUGCUGGUGCUGGUGCUGGUACUAGUACUACUAGUGGUAAGCCUAGUAGUAAUGGUAAGGAAAGGAAGAAUCUUCGUCGCAAUCGAACUGGCUUGGGGAGUCUUCAAGCAGAGCGAGAAAAGAGAGAUAAGGAUAAGGAUAGGGAUAGCAGCAAGGUUCCUCUGCGUCGCACCAAGAGUUCCAUUGCCAGAAUUGGAACUCAAUAUCGCAGGCCCAGUCUAGUCAAGAAGCUAGAGCAGCAGCAGCAGCAAGCCAAUGCUCAUGCUCAUACUCAUGGCAAUGUACAUGUAUUGCAUGGACAUGCUCAUGUACACAGUGUCAAUGCUACCAAUGCAUAUGCUGGCUACAGUUUUUGGAGCUCCAGGCCAGCCUUGGUCAUGUUUGUCCUGAUGGGACUGGCCAUUCACUACCAGAACAUCAAGUUUGUCUAUGCCACCAUUCUACUCUUUCUAUACGAAACCACCGUCAUUGUACAAACAUGGACACACUACAUCAACCACAUCACCAUUAUGCAAGAGUUCCGAAGUCAAUCUCUCGAUUGGCUCAAGUACUACGCUCAACAAACUGAAAGAUUCUUUGAUACCAAUGACAGAACCAGAAAGGCUGCCGUGGGAAUUUGGAUCCAGUUUUAUCCUGUCACAUCAGAGUAUGUGGGAGAUUAUAUUAGAGAACGAAGACACCACAUGAUUCAAACUGCUGCAGAACAAACACAGACUUUCAAAAACAGAUUCUACAACUUGAAUGCCACUACGAGUACAAACAAUACUACUGAAGACUGA